AUGAGGAUGCUGAAUGAUAGUUAUUCCUGGUUGAUUUUGAGUGAAAGUAACACUACCUUGAAUGAACUGGAAGACCUCAACUUCGGACUGACCAGUGAAGUUUCUCUGGCAACUCCUGGAGUGACCUUGUACGACCUUUACAAAGUCAACUACUCAUCUCCUCUUAUCAAACAAGUUGGAGCGACAUGGAACAAAUCUACUGGAUUUGAUGUAAAGAUCAAUGGAACUAAAGUGAGACAACGUUCAAACUUUAACGCAAUAAAACUUAAAGGAACUGUGGUUCUAACAAAAUUUGAAACAAACUCCACGAAUGCAGAAGAAAGGAUUCUUGAUAAUAAUAUUUCACCACAUUUAGACGCAGUAUCUCGGUUUGCAUACAUUUUGUUUUUAAAACUUCAAGACAUGUAUAACUUUACAUUUACUUUUGACGUGACAGAGUCUUGGGGCUACGUGAUGCCUCACGGAGGACAUGACGGGAUGGUAGGUCAGCUGGAGAGAGGGGAGAUAGAGCUCGGACUGACUCCGGCGACAAUGUUCAAACAUCGCAUGGACACUGUGGACUUUACUGCACCCGUUUGGAAGUUCAGGACUUGUUUCAUUUUCCGCCACCCUAAAUCACUGGGACUGUACAAAGCACUGGUGAUGCCUCUGUCACCGGCUGUGUGGGUCUGCACAGGGAUAUUAUGUGUGCUCGUAGUGGCAGCGCUGCGUCUCAUUCAUCAGUUUGAGGUGUCUGAUUGGCCGGACACUGAACUGUCCUGGAGUGGCAGCGCUGUCUUGGUCAUUGGAGCUAUCAGUCAACAAGGGCUGGCCAGUACCUCGUACCGUGUUUCUGUCCGUAUCCUCUCACUGUGCCUCCUGGUGCUGAGUGUGGUGUUGUAUGCGUUCUACGGAGCUGCAAUAGUCACCUCCCUCCUCACACCCCCCGCCAAGAGUAUCAGAACCAUCAGACAGCUGUUGGACAGCCCCAUCAAGAUGGGGGUGGAAAAUACUGCCUACACAAGGGAUUACUUCUCAAAAUCAACAGAUGCUUUAACAGCCGAACUGUACAGAAAGAAACUCCGAACCCAAACUGGAUUUAUGGCUGUUCCCAAGGGGAUAGAAAGGAUGAGGAUUAAAAAUUAUGCAUUUUAUGCUGAAGAUGCAACGUUGUAUCCACCAAUAGACAAGACAUUUAGCAAUCCCGAGAAAUGUGAACUCACCGAGAUUGAACUGUUCCCUCCAUAUUUGGUUUCAUGUCCUGUUCAGAAAACUUCACCUUUCAGAGAUUUUGUAUCUUGUGGAUUCGACCUGAUGCGGGAGAGAGGAAUUCUUUAUCGAGAGAACAAGGUGUGGCAUCCGCAUCGGCCUGUGUGUGUGGGAGAGAAGCAAGUAGCUCGAGUAGACCUGGAAUCUGUCAUGUUAGCAUUCAUGAUUCUAGCCGCUGGCGUGGUCUGUUCCUUGCUUAUACUCAUAGCUGAGAGAACUAUUCACCGACUCAGACAACCAAUUCAAUAUUGAGUAUUUAAUAACCAUUUGAUGCCCUCACUAAUGUUAAAUUUCUUUAGUUUCUAUAGAGGUUUGGUUUAGAAUUUAAAUUUAAUAUAUUUUUUUAAUUGUUAACUAUUACAAUAUCUAGGCCCUAUGUUUUAUUAUAAUAUCUAUGAUCUAUAAUAGGUCAUAAAGGCUAAUAGUUGACAGACAAGACAUGGUAUGUUAUUUGUUAUACAAGGUGUUUUAGCAUAGAAUAGAAAUUUAAUUGUUGGAAUAGUUAUGUUUAGAAACCCUUCCCGACAGACCGCCACCACCCACCACCGUUCGAGCGAACACCAUUACCGCACCGAUACGUUGUACAGCCUUCGGUCUCGGUGGUGUAGUGGAUAGCGCACUGGGCACCGGGCUGAUGAUUCGAAGGUAGUCGGUUCGAAACCCACCGGAGACAUUAACUUUUUGAUUAGAUUUUUUUCAUUAUCAGCAAGUUUGGUUUGUUUGGUUAGGUUAUGAUAGUUAAAUUUUAUAAUUAAAAAACUAUAUAAUACUUUAAUAUAUGAACAGAACUAUUUUUGUUAUUAGUAAACCUUCAUUCGAUAUUUUCUUUAUCAGCAAGUUUGGUUAGCUUGGUUAGGUUAUGAUAGUUAAAUUAAUUUAAAUUUAACCUACAAACGAUACGUUUUGACAGCGACAGUGAUGGAGAUAACAAUUUCCCACGAUCAGUUCGGCUAUGAACGGUAUGAUGCAUUCUGCACGGCACGGCGCGGUGGUGGUCUGUCGGUAACAUCUUGUGUUUAAAUGCAGUUUUGUUAAAAAAGUUACAGUAUGUUUCAGACUACUUUAAGAUAUGCUUUUUGCUGAUUGUGAGCACAAUGCUUUUAGUGAUAAAAAAGUAGUUGAAUCUGAGAAACUAAAUUAAUCAGCAAUAAUGGAAUUUUUGUCGGUAAAUAGAACCAAUGUUUGUCUUUUCAGUUACAAAAUAAAA